AUGCUUCUUGCUCUUCUUAUAUGCCCUCUUACUUCUCCUUCAUCAACCUUGUUUACUUCAGUCCACCGUGAUCUUAAGCCGAGCAACGUGCUUAUCGUGACAAAUCCGCGAUCGGGCGAGGCUCGCCUUGUAGUCGGUGACUUUGGUCUCUCUCGGCCAUUGCCCGAAGGUCGAAAUGAGGCGACUAAUUCUUUGGGUGGAGUAUUCAUUCCUCAUUUCAUUGGCCGACCGGUUGUGGCUGCCACAUCCAAAAGUUCCUUAGGUUUGCAAGAAACAGUGCUCGGUUGCGUUAAUUUGGCAGAAACAAACUUAGAACAAAUUGCCGACUCUAAUUCAAUCAGCAAAGCGCCUAAUGAACAAAUGAAGCCCUCUUCCAUUGGAGUUAGCGUCCAAUAUUCUCUAGAUGCUUCCCAGUCAGAAGAGGUGGUCUGCAGUGCGACCAACAGCGAUAAGACCAGUGCAUUCCAGGCGUUCGGUACUUUGGGCUGGAUGGCACCGGAACUCUGCCAUCCGGAAGCCAAUACCCUGGUUAGCCAACCUCUCUGGAUCUUCUUCCUGUUUGCCUUUUUUUUGCAUGCUUUAUAA